AUGCCCCUGGGAAGUACUAAUCAGCGGGAAUUAGCAAAGAAACCGCCGCAGGACUCCACAGGGUCUUUGGUAUCAUGGGAGUCGCUCACAGCCUCACCGAAAACAGUGACUGAUAGCGAAGGCCAACAGCAAAGAAAUACGGGGGAUGAAACAACGCAAUCGCAAGGGUGUUUUCAUAUGGGGUUGGUUGACGAGAACGUGUCGGUAUCACCAGAGUCAUCUCUCCCCUCGGAGUUGACGGAGUGUUCCCCCGCGUCGCCAUCCGCGAGUCCAGCGCGGCAACAUCUGGAGACCACACCUCCGGUCGGAACAGCAAGUUCAUCCUCACUGGAAGUGUGCAACACCGGGAAGGUUAUGCGAUAUUUGGAGGCGAGUGACGCGCUGCGUCAGUUGGAUGUUGGUGUAGAAGCAAGAAUAUUGUACCUGCAGAGCGAAAUACAAAGGCAAUCCGCUAUCCACGAAGAAAAGAAGGCAGAAUUCGACAAGAAGAAGGUACUGCACAUGCAUUUGGAGGAAGCCACGCGGCGCCUCACUCGUCAGGUGCGGAAUCUUGAUAACGAAAAUGAUCAACUGCGUGACCGUCUCGCGGAAGUGGAAGCGGCAGUCAAAAAGGCGCGGGAAGCAACCGCAAAACGACGGGGAAAUACCGAAGGAAACAAAGCUACGGGCCGAGCGUCCGAUCGACCGGAACAGAGGUGUGCUGGCAGCAGUUGUGCCAAUGCCAUCAAAGGUGGUGGGCGGGGCGCACUUUAUUCGGUCGAGAAUAUUUUGCAGACCAAGAUCAACGCUUACAAUCGCAAGCUCCGAUUAGCCGAAGCAAGGCACGGUGAACUGCUGGAUGAACUGCACAUCGCUCUCGCUAGAAGGAAGGGCCGUGUAGCAGCUUAUUCUAGGCAUGUCAGCUUUUCAUCUAGAGCAAAUGGUGAUGGAUGCAGUGAUGCGGAGGACUUGCUGCGGGGGAGGUGUUUGCAAGAGGCCGAAGCGGUACGUCUGCUGGAAGGACUAAUCAACAGUCGGCUCAGUUGUUGA